UGUAAGCCACAUGGUAGUGCUCUUCUUGGAUCGUCGAAGUUGCUCAGUUCCGUGCAAUUUUAUGCAAUCAUAACCAUAAAUUGGGAGAGGAUGGGGAAGGAAAAACAGUGGGAAGUAAUGGACUCGAGAGUUUUUGAGGCUGCCCAUUUGGGAAAUAUCAAUGCCAUUCAAGAUUUAAUAGACGAGAGUGCUGAUGUUUUGGAGCAAGUCACCAGUUCCAGCCAGAAUUCAGUUCUUCAUGUGGCUGCAAGAGCUGGACAGACAGAAUUUGUGUCUGAAAUUUUGAGAAUCAAACCUGAAAUUUUAUCCUACGUCAAUAGUAAGCGGGAUACUGCCCUGCACGAAGCUGCAAGAGAAGGACAUUCGGCUGUUGUGAAGGUGUUGUUGGACAAAGACCAACGCAUUGUUUACAAGGUUAAUCAGGAUUAUGAAACGGCCCUCUUUGUUGCUUGCAAGGAAGGCCACAUUAAUGUGGUUAAUGACUUGAUUCAAGUCGCUUCCUUGCUUGCCCUCGACUCCGAAAAACCAGACGAGCGGACCUCUCUUCAUGCUGCAUCAACUAGAGGACACGCAGACAUUGUAAAGGAGCUGAUUAAGGCGAGACCUGGGCUCGUUGGAAAAGUGGACAAGCAAGGAAGCAGCCCGUUGCAUUCAGCUGCACCACACGGCUAUCUGGAAGUAACGAGAGCGUUGUUAACAGCCGACCCGGAGAUUUGCUACAUGCUCGAUGGCUCUGGAAGGUCGGCUCUCCAUAUCGCAGCAAUGAAAGGACGGCUCAGCGUUGUUCAUGAAAUACUGUCCUUCAGGCCCGACUCUGCCGGCGUGCUCUCCACGGCCGGUGAAACAUUUUUACAUUCUGCAGUGGAGGCGAACCAGAUCGAAGUUGUCAAGCACGUGGUUGACUUUCUUGACACAUCCAAGCUUAUCAGGACAGAAGACAACGAGGGCAAUACAGUUUUACAUGUUGCUACCAGGAAAAAACUCAAGCAGAUGGUCCGAUGGCUGGUGACGUGUACGACUGUAAAUGUAAACGCAGUGAACAAACAAGGGCUGACGGCACUGGAUAUCUUGGAGAAAGAACCGGCUCACUCGGGAGCCAUGAUAAUCGGGGCGGCGCUCAAGGAAGUGGAUGCGAAGCGCGCCUACGAGCUCCCCUUGGACCGCUUCAAGCGGGACGACCUCGCUCUUAAACUCAGCGUGAGCUCAAUUAAUAACCACGUUCGGGCUCAACUUUUCCAAACGGCCGACACGAGCGACCGAGUGAACGGCAUGGCAAAGGAACUGCGGGAGCUGCACAAAGAAGGAAUUAAAAAUGCAGGGAACACCGUGACUGUGGUGGCGGUGCUCAUCGCUACCGUGGCCUUCGCCGCCAUGUUCACCGUGCCCGGCGGCCUCAAAAAUGGCGGCGAGGACGAAGGUACGGCUGUGAUGGCGCACACCGUCGCCUUCAAAGUAUUUGUAAUUAGUGACACCGUGGCUUUAUUCUCGUCGUUUGCUAUAGUUCUGAUUCUGGUGACUGUGGUGCCCUUUCAUAAGAAAGUCUUAAUGAAGCUUUUGUUCUUCAUCAACAAGAUUAUGUGGGUGGCUGUUGGAUGCACUGCCUCAGCUUUUUUGGCUGCAUGUUAUGUGGUGGUGGGGCCCAAGAGUCUGUGGGUUGCAAUUAGCAUGUGUGUUGUUGGAGCAGGAAGUAUGGUGUUUAUGUUCUCUUCUCUCGCCUCGCUCGUUGCCGCCCAUCAGAUGAAGAAAGCCCGACUCCGGAAAAUUAAGAAGCGGAGAAAUGGUGAGCGAGUGGCAAUCGUAACACACGUGGGAGAAGAUGAAUAUGAAGGGAAUUUAGGGGAAACGAGCCAGAGAUUUCCUCGGAGACGUAACCAUUCUUCUUCUGACUCAGACUUUGAAAGCUCUGAACAGGACGGCUUCCAUCCUUUGUAAACACAUCAAAACUAUCAAUGGCUUUGAUAACUUCUUCGCAACUUCCUCUUUUGAAAAGUCUCUACCGUCUGUCUUUUGAAGGUGGAGGUCCCCAUCUUUUGAAGGUGGAAAAUGAAAUAACUAAUAUUCUCCUUUAUCUGUAUUUCCAAGUUUGAACAAUGACAGCCAAUAUCAUUUUAUUUUAGUUCAUAAAGCUCGCAGGUAAAGCCUAUUCGACAAUGGUACGGCUGAAGAUCGAAUUCCAUUGUCCCUCACUAGACUUUUCUUGCGGAUUUAAAUUGUAUUUUUUUCAUAAAUAAGCUGUCUUUAA